UGUGGGUACGCUUGCACGGGGGUGGUGGUACUGUUUCUUGGUGUUGAAGAUGUACCUCUUGCCCAGCGACAAAAAUGAUCCCGCAGAUGAUGCAGCAGCAGGCGACUCCACUCAGUUCGGCGUCGACGUUUUCCAGCUUCCAACGGACAUUGUUCGACAGCAAAGAUCAGCAACGUCUCGGUUCGAAGAACUUCGGCAGUCCAUGGCGAACUUGAAAACAGCAAGCGAACGUCUGACGGAAGAGACUGCCUGGUUGGAUGGACGUGUACGAGCCGUUGUUACCUGCACGAAUAUAUUGGGAGCUGGCAUAGAUCACCUCAUGAAGGAAGUUGAUUGGAUUGUGGAUGAAAGGAGUGUACGGCGCAUUUCCUAGCGUUCAGAGAAGUUCGAAAUGAGAACACAGUCGUUGUAAUUGUCAGACAGCACAUUCACGCCAUGAAGAUCCUGCAUGCAACCG